AUUUUUGGAAUUAACAGAUUUUGGAAAAUGGAGAAAAAUGCAGGAUUUAGUUGACCCAGAGUGAGGUUUGGGUGUCAGGAAAGUGAGAAGAGCUUGGGUGAUGAUGUGAGCAGUAUUUCGAGUGUAGACGAUGGAGACUCGGAUUUGCCUCAAGUAAUGCCAGAGAAUUAUAGGAGAAAUUUUUCUCAGCCAUUUUUUAUAUCAAAUACAACCCCAAGAAGGGGUGCUGUCUUUAGGAAAGAGUCUAAGGCAUCAAAAUCAAAUAAUACUUCAUCAACAAAUUUAAAUUUGAAGGAUUCACAACAGAAAGUAUGACAAAAAGUAUCUCAUAAGAAACUUUUCAUGAAGCCCACACAAAAAACCGCGGAUCUGAUGGAAAGAUGUAGAAAUGAUAAGUUCAGGAGAAUGCUACUGAGGUAUGCUCCAGAGCUUAGAAAUUUAAUCAAACAGCAAGAACUUGAUCUACCAGAGAUUCCUUUGUUUAUUCAAAAGAAAAAGAUGAGAAGCAAGUUGACACGCUUUUCUCAACUCAAAUUUUCUUAUGCAGAUAAUGAUAAAGACUUCAUUAAAAUAAAAGAUAUUUGUCUUUUAGGAGGAAGACUUAAUCAGCCAGCUCCGAAAAUUUUUAGUCUGUGAAAACAAAAAUACACUGAAAGACUCAAUAAAAUACUCAGAAUAGACCCUCUAAGCGUUCAAAACGUAUGCUGCAAAAAGCUAAUCUGCAACACAACGAAUAAAUUCAACGAAGCAAUUACUCAUUUCAAGUCCAAAAACAGGCAAAUUGUAAUUAAAAACAUCAGAAACAGCUUGGGCUAAACCCAUUUCAUAAAUCGUCUCUAAAAGUCUGCUA